AUGGCUUUCAACAACUUCAACGACUUGCAGCACGCCCUGCCCACCCCCGCCACCACGCCCGCCACCGACAACGCCCAGCACGAGCGCAACGACCCCUUCUGGCACUCGACCCCACGCACCAAUACUACCAAUCCGCCCAAUGUGGCCGAGUUUGUGGCUGCCAUGAAGACAGCUGCGCCAACGACAAAUCGUGUCCCCAAAGCGCAAAAGAGUAACACUCGCUGCACUCACACGACCAUGGGCCGAAUCUACGGCAACCACUUGUUUUGCGAUCUUUGUUCUAAGAAACCAGAGACCAAGUGGCUCUACACCUGCCAGCAAGAUCACCAGCUUGUCCAGCCUCUUCCCCAUGUCGCCUUCCUACAGGCACAGCUUGACGCAAUUCCAAACGAUGCCGAUGUUUUCGAGGCAAAAGCUCUCCUUGCCGAGACUUUGCAAAUGCAAACAUGCAUCAUCACGUCCAUUCGCGCGAAAGAGUACACUAGCGAGCAAGUUACCCGACUCAUCAAGCAGAAGGUCGAGACCAUCCGAGCCGUCAAGAAGGCCGAGAGAAUGAUCCCUCGUCUGCCCGCACACUUCCGCGUCUCCAACGAUCCGGCCGGCAAUCUCAUCACUCAGCACGGUUUCACUCCCUUCAAGAGUAUCAUCACUUCACCAGGUACGAGCCCUGCCAAAGCUCUCCAAUCCGGCGACAUCGGCAUCCUGCCUUUCGUACGCGUGAACAUACCCUCGGACAGCCCCGCGAGCAAGUCAUCCACAUCGACCUCUCCAUCUCCACAGCGUGCCGUCGCCAGUGGCUUUCCCAGAUGCAGUCUCCAAGUAUGCGUGACUUGCAAGCCUUACUUUCGCGACCGCAAAUGGGCCUCCUUCGAGGCCGCUUACAACGAUGAGCUUCCACCUCUGACUGUCGAAGGACUCGAAGACCUCCCGAUCAUCGAUCCCAAGAUCGCUCGCAACCUCGGCCUGCGUCAACCUCCCGUUCCACACAACAACUCGCUCUCCACUGACCAGAGCGUGGACCUCACCCUGCAAGAGUCCCACGACACCGACGAAAUCUCCGUCAACUGGAGUCCGACUGACACCGAAGAGGAAGAGACUUCUCGCUCUAAUUCGUCCAGCAUCGAGAACAUCUCGCCCACAGCCUCUCGCUCACCAUCCGACCUCUAUCCUUGCCCGGGUCCACAUCACUGCCCAGUCUGCUCCCGCCAUUCCGGCUGCGCGUACGACUCGGGUUUCGAAGAUGGCCGCCGCGCCGCCAACCACGGCUACAUGCCCGAGUUGGAGUCCACCGAUCUUUCGUCUGCCGGCAAUUCAUCGCCAUCCUUCCGCUUCCUCGUCGAAGAUCCCUUGUCAUACGACGGGUCGUCAUCAUCCGCCUCAUCAGUCAGCUUGCCAACUCCCCACACAACCACGAAAGGUGGAACAGUCGGCCUCGCGCCUCAUCUCCACGACGACGAGUACAGCGAAGCUUUCAACAAUGUGACCUUGCGCAAGCAACUGUCGAGCACCAAGGCCCAAUCGGCCGAGCUUCUGACUCAAGACAAUAUCGGCCUGCGACUGAGAGAUCGCUCGAGAGAUAGUCGAGGCAGCUGGUCGAGUGGCAGCGAGGGAAGUGAAGUGGAAGUCGACGGUGGGGUUGCUUUGACGGAGGAAGCCGUGGUGAAGGGCGUGCCGGACUUGAGGGUGGGGGAGUGUCAGGCUUUUGUGGGGGAUGGGAGUGAUGAGGAGUAUUGAAGGGUUGGGGUCAGGAGGGAAUGGAAGUAUGAAUUAUGAAGUUAUGAAGUGAGGCGAGGAUGAGAGGAGGGCAAACGCGAGAAAGAGUGUGGGAAAUGGACAAUAUGGAGCAGGUCUAGAAUUGUCACGGUCUAUGCAGGAGCGAGCAUAUCUCAAUGGGAGAACAUGACAAGAGCGAGGACAGAAAUGAACGUAUGGAAAUGAAUUCAGGCGGCAUAUUUCA